CAAUUUUGAAAAACCAAAAGCCACAGGAAAACAAUCGGCGAGGCUGUUGCAUUUUCCGGCAAGACGACGACUUCUCCGACGGAUUGACCGAUCAUCGCUUCUACUCUCCGGGUUCCUUUAGCUUUUCGAUUCAAGUAGACUGUUGCUAAAAUGGCUUAUACGAGGAACAUUUAUGAUAAUAAUGGUGUUGGAUCAGAAGACAUUGUGUAUCGUUACUUGUGUCCUUUGAGAAAAGCAGGGAGGAUUAUCGGCAAGGGUGGUGAAAUUGCGAAACAGAUAAGGUCUGAGACUAAUGCAAGCUUGAGGAUAAACAAGGCUUUGCCCGGUUGUGACGAGCGUGUUGUUACUAUAUAUUCGACUAGCGAGGAGACGAAUCAUGUUGAAGACGAUGGAGAGUUUGUUUGUCCUGCUUUUGAUGCACUUUUCAAGGUUCAUGAUAUAAUUGUGGCUGAAGAACUCGAUACUGAUGAUUAUUAUGACGAUGAUUAUAACGAGAAACAAACAGUUACUGCGAGGAUGCUGGUGCCUUCAGAUCAAAUUGGUUGCCUUAUUGGGAAAGGUGGACAAGUGAUCCAAAAACUGCGUAAUGAAACCAAUGCUCAAAUUCGUGUUAUCAAUGAUAACCUGCCCAUUUGUGCUUUGGCUUUGAGCCAUGACGAGCUUCUUCAGAUAAUUGGAGAUCCCUCAGCUGUUAGAGAGGCUCUUUAUCAAAUUGCCUCUCUGCUUUGUGAUAAUCCGUCGCGGUUUCAAAACCAUUUUCUGUCUUCCUCAAGUGGCCUGCAUCAAUCCGGUGGAAUGCUAAUGAGUCCUGCGUUGACGAGCUCUCACAAAAAUUACUCUGCGUCAAGAGAUGUUGCCGAUGCAAGAGAGUUUUCUAUCUGCUUGAUAUGUCCAGCUGAAAAUGUUGGAGGUGUGAUAGGAAAAGGCGGCUCUUUCAUAAACCAGAUUAGACAAGACUCUGGUGCGACCAUUAGAGUAAAUACUUCAGAAACCGAUGAAGAUGAUGACUGCAUUAUUUUCAUAUCAUCAACGGAGUUCUUCGAAGAUCAAUCCCGAACAGUGAAUGCAGCAUUACGCUUACAAACUCGGUGCAGUGAGAAAGUGGGGAAAGAUUCAACUGAUUCUGCAAUCUCCACUCGUGUGCUUGCUCCUAGUUCUCAAGUAGGGUGUCUCAUUGGAAAAGGUGGAGCUACUAUUUCCGAGAUGAGGAGUGUCACAAAAGCGAAUAUCCGCAUUUUUCAAGGCGAAGAUGUACCAAGAAUUGCUCGUGAGGACGAGGAGAUGGUUCAGAUAACAGGAAGUCUUGAUGCAGCAAUCAAGGCUCUUACGCAAGUGAUGUUGCGAUUAAGAGCUAAUAUAUUCGACAUGGAUCGUGGUCUUGUCUUGCUUCCAACAUUCUUUCCUUAUAUCUCUCAGACAACAGAGACUUUGAGCAAGCCUAAGCACAGAAAACGCGAGAACCAUUCUCAUGGGUUCUCUCACUUUUGAUUCUGAACUUCAACGCGAGAACCAACCGUGUUUUGAUGGUUGGUGUUCUAUGUUUAGAUACUUUAAACACUUUUGAUUCUGGGCUAGUUUUAUAACACUUGGCGUUUUUGGGGAUCCAAGGAAAAGAAGAUUCGGGUUCUUUUUAUUAUUUUUCAGUCUGAAGAACCUAUAAAUGCAUGAAGCUCUUAAAAGAAU